UAAGCAAAAGAGAGAGACGUCGUCGUCGUUCGCGUGAAUGAAUGAAAAAUUCUUGUUUUCGUCGAUUUUGACCCGCUAUUUAUGCAAAUUAAUUUGCAUUGUGAAUUAAAAAGUGGUGAAAAAUAUCAAAAAAUCACGCGGAAACUAGAAAAUCGUGAAAAUUCGGGGAAUUUCUGUGAUAAAAGUGAAGCGAAGAAAAAAUCAAAGCAGUCCCCUAUAUCGUGAAUUUAUGUGUACACACAAAAAGCAAUAAAAAAAGUUGUUCUAUGCAGACUUUGUAAAAACACAUAAAAUAUGAGUAUGUGAGAAAAGAAGAGGAAAUGGAGUGUUUACACAACUUUCUUUGAAAAAGCAGUGCGAUCAAAUUACAUUUGAGGCGAUUUUAGUGAAGAAUUCCUUGUAAAAAUGUCAAAAAUCCUAUAUUAUCUGUGUUUCGCUGGAUGUUUCUGUUACUGUUUGGCCCAAUUGCCCGAAAGUGCAGUGGACGAGCACGACGAAGAUCUCGGGAUCUUUAAUGCGCCGUCGGAGCAAGUGACGGCCCAGCCAGCGGCUACCACAACGAAAAAACCCGCACAAAAGGGACGGAAGCAGCAACAACAAUUCCACGACGAAAAUGUAUCGCUAUUGAGUCAGCCAUCUUUGAAUCCUUUGGGAAUAUGCCAAAUAUACACGGGCACGACAUGCGAGAAUUAUUUGAAGAAUCAGAGUGUUUUCAUCUCGCCCAACAUCACGAUCGAGGAGCUCGAGGAGAGGCUCCGGAACGCGUGGUCUGUCAUCCGGGAAUCGCGUGAUAUGAACCCAAAUUGCCGCGGAUAUGCGUUACCCAGUUUGUGUUUCAGCGUUUUGCCGGUUUGCAAUACGCCGGAACUGACAAAUCACCAAUAUUUCGCCAAAAUUGCACUGUAUAAGGCCAAUUUAGCGGUGCAAGCGAGCAAUAACAGUCCCAAACGUGGUCCAAAGAAGGACAAGAAACACCGGAAGAACAACAAAGGCACCAAACCGACGGAAUCGCAAGAUAUUUUUGACACAAUUGCUGCCGUGAAUCGCGAUAAACGUGCAUUGGGUGAUCGGCAUUUCCGGAAUUAUGUGCAAGAAAUGGACGAACUUUCGGAUUAUAACUUGUAUGCGAGUCAAAUGACGACAUAUGAAGCCCCGACGAGAAAUACGGAAAAUUUGCAGCGACUUUGUAAGAAAGAUUGUGAGUUAUUGGAGCUGGAAUUGUGUUCGAUGGAAUAUGCGAUUGCCAAGCGACAUCCGACAAUUGGACAAAAACUCCCUUUAGAAGAUUGCGAUGAAUUGCGUGAGGGAUCAACUUGUUCGCACACGGGCAUCGAUAUCGAAGCAGAUCCACACCAAACGUGUUACUGGGACAAGGGAACCGGAUAUCGUGGCAUGGUAAAUGUCUCGCGCAGCGGCAAGGAAUGCAUGAAAUGGACAAAAAUCAUGCGAGAAAUUGCGGAUUUGCCAGAAUUGGCAGGACAUAAUUUCUGCCGCAAUCCCAAAGGACAGGAAUCGCAACCGUGGUGCUACGUGGACAAGCAAAAAACGAUUGAAUAUUGCAAUAUCACGAAAUGUGCGGAGAAAAUGUGGUUGUACAUCAUUGCAGGAACACUGGUGCUGGCAUUGACUCUUUUCCUCAUCGUUAUUAUCAUCUGUUGUCGCAAAUGCAAGAAAAAGGGAGUCUCUAACAUACAAAAUAUAAAUGUUCCGAAUGCCGAUAAAAAUAUUUAUGGCAACUCCCGUUUGAGCUCCCCAGCUGUCGAAAUGGCUUCGUUACUCAACAACCAAGAAGGCAACACCAAUCCUUCAGGUCGUCCCAAACAAAAUGCCGCAAUUUUGAGAGUUCCUCAAUACCGAUUGGAAGACGUCAAAUUCGUUGAAGAGCUUGGUGAAGGGGCUUUCGGAAAAGUGUACAAAGGAGAACUAACGACAAAGGAAAAGGACAAAAUUUUCGUCGCAGUCAAAGCGCUCAAGGAAAAUGCAUCGGCCAAGACGCAGCAGGACUUUAAACGUGAAAUCGAGCUAAUCAGCGAUCUGCAUCACGAAAACAUCGUCAAUAUACUCGGCGUGAUACUGAAAAAGGAACCAUAUUGCAUGUUGUUUGAGUUUAUGUCGGAGGGCGAUUUACAUGAAUUCCUCAUUUCCAACUCCCCUAAUGAAGGAAAAUCAUUGACGCAACUGCAAUUUUUGUAUAUCGCGCUUCAAAUUUGUGAUGGCAUGACAUAUUUGGCGAAUCAUCAUUACGUGCAUCGUGACUUGGCAGCCCGGAAUUGCUUGGUUGGUGACAAUUUGACUGUUAAGAUUUCCGAUUUUGGAUUAUCACGAGAUAUUUAUAGCUCGGAUUACUAUCGUGUCCAAUCAAAAAGCCUCCUGCCAGUGCGUUGGAUGCCCUCAGAGUCAAUCUUGUACGGAAAAUUCACGACAGAAAGCGACGUUUGGUCCUACGGCGUCGUUUUGUGGGAAAUUUACAGCUACGGCCUCCAGCCGUAUUACGGGUACAGCAAUCAAGAAGUCAUCAAUAUGAUUCGUGCGCGUCAAUUAUUGCCGUGUCCCGAAUCGUGCCCCGAAUAUGUCUACAACCUCAUGAAGGGCUGUUGGGACGAACAAGCGGUGCGACGUCCUGCCUUCCCGGAGAUCGGGCAUCGCCUGAAAGUGUGGUACCAAACGCAAAAACGCAUGGAACAAAGUGAACAAAGCUUGUCCAGCAGGAAAGGCAGUGCCCUGAGUAUCGCCAGCAAGGGAUGCGAACGAAAAAAUUCCAUGAAUUUCGAUGCGUCCAACGUGAGUGUUCGUAGUUCAAUUAAUCGCAGCACAAAAAGUGUCAAUACGUGCGGCAUCACCGAAGGACUUUCGGGCGGAACGAAACGCAGCACGACCGAUAUGGGCGACAUGAUGCAAGGGGCAGCCGGAGGGACCGGCGGAAUGAUCUUCAACGAUGCCAGUAGUCUGCAUCACAACAACCAAUAUCAGUUCAACGGCUACAACGGAAAUAACGAGGAUGCCGUGAGCAUUAGCAACCAUCACCAAAGAUCCUAUUCGCGUAACAAAAACCAAAGAUCGCAUUCUGUGAAUGUGGAUAAUCAUUCGAUUGUCAGCGGCAGCGUUGCGAGUAUCGUGAGCGAAACGCAAUCGCAGCGACAUUUGUAUCCGCCGCCAUCGGGACGCAGUAGCAACUCGCUAAAGAAGCAGGGUUGCAAUCAUCAUGCCAAAUAGCAUAGCCAUCAUCAUCACAAGAAGCGACAUCGACACCACAGUCGCGGCGAAGAUGAACUCACGCAGUCUCAGCACCUGCAGCAGCAGCAGCAAACGGAUGAUGUCAAUGCAUGAAUUAUAGUCUAGCAACAAAACGCCUGCAACUUUUAACUUAUUUAAGGUUAGGAUUAACGGUAGUUUAGGACAAAAUGUAUUUUAUGGUGAGAUUGAAGUCAGAAAUGCUCGAAUUUUCGUCCCUCUAAUGCUUAAAAAGCAGUUUUUGGGACUUUUUUGAUUGAAAAAUAAGAAAAUUCAUGCAAAAUUAAAAAAUAACGAUGCCAAAAACUCCCCCAAAUCGGAAAAGGCAUUUAAAAACUGACUUCUUUCUUCCACCAUCGCACGUAUUUUAAAUGAAUUGAAGUCCCAUUGCGGCACCAAGCA